CGAAAGAUCUUAAUUCAUCCCCUUCGUCUUUCUCUGACUCUCUUUCUCUGACUCUUCAAUCUCUCACAAACCCUAAAUCGCUCAGCAUAAUCUUUAACGAUUCUCUCUUUCAAGAUGCAAAUCUUUGUGAAAACACUCACUGGCAAGACCAUCACUCUCGAGGUUGAGAGCUCUGACACCAUCGACAAUGUUAAGGCAAAGAUUCAGGACAAGGAAGGCAUUCCUCCGGACCAGCAGAGAUUAAUCUUCGCCGGUAAACAGCUAGAAGAUGGUCGUACCUUGACCGAUUACAAUAUCCAGAAAGAAUCAACCCUCCACUUGGUUCUUCGUUUAAGAGGUGGUAUGCAGAUCUUUGUCAAGACUCUGACUGGCAAGACCAUUACUUUGGAAGUUGAGAGCUCUGACACUAUUGACAACGUCAAAGCAAAGAUUCAGGACAAAGAAGGAAUCCCUCCGGACCAGCAGAGGCUUAUCUUUGCCGGUAAGCAGCUUGAGGAUGGAAGAACUCUUGCUGACUACAACAUCCAGAAGGAGUCGACACUUCACCUUGUCCUUCGUCUUCGUGGUGGUAUGCAGAUCUUUGUGAAGACCCUCACUGGUAAAACAAUUACCCUCGAGGUUGAGAGUUCAGACACCAUUGAUAAUGUCAAAGCCAAGAUCCAGGACAAGGAAGGAAUUCCUCCGGACCAACAGAGGCUUAUCUUUGCCGGUAAGCAGCUUGAGGACGGAAGAACUCUUGCUGACUACAACAUCCAGAAAGAGUCUACUCUCCAUUUGGUGCUUCGUCUCAGAGGUGGUAUGCAGAUCUUUGUGAAGACCCUAACCGGCAAGACCAUAACUUUGGAGGUGGAGAGCUCAGACACAAUUGAUAAUGUCAAGGCUAAGAUUCAGGACAAGGAAGGGAUCCCACCAGACCAACAGAGGCUCAUCUUCGCUGGUAAACAGCUUGAGGAUGGUCGGACUUUAGCUGAUUACAACAUUCAGAAGGAAUCUACCCUUCACCUUGUGUUGCGUCUGCGUGGUGGUAUGCAGAUCUUUGUGAAGACAUUGACAGGCAAGACUAUUACCCUGGAGGUUGAGAGCUCAGACACAAUUGAUAACGUCAAGGCUAAGAUUCAGGACAAGGAAGGGAUCCCUCCGGAUCAGCAGAGACUCAUCUUCGCUGGAAAACAGCUUGAGGAUGGUCGGACUCUUGCAGAUUACAACAUCCAGAAGGAGUCCACUCUUCACUUGGUUCUCCGUCUUCGUGGUGGAAGCUUCUAAGCUUUUGUGAUCUGAUCAAAAGUGGCGGUUCUCUGUGUCAUGCACUUGGGAGGUGAUGAUGUGAUGUUCUUCACCUGGUUUGGUUCUGUUUCCAUCUGCGGGAAAAACUUGUCCCUUUAGUUGUUUUAAGUUUCAUCGUCUGCUUUUCUUGUAUGUUCUUAUGAACUUUUGGUUGGGCUCGUAACGGGCCUUUGUCUUUCAACUUUCAAUAAUAAUCCAAGUGCAUUUUAAACAUU